AUGGAUAUCAUUGCCGCAAGACUGGCAACAAUUCAGAACGAAAUCCGUCAGGUAGAAAACCAGAAGCUCCAAUGUGAGCAAAUGCUUGGUCUGUUCUGGGAGCAUCCGCCUGCUCUCGAUCCUGAGGACAUAGGAAGAAGAAUGCAAUUUUUACGGGAGCGGAUUCAAGCUCUUGAAGCCAGGAAACGGGCCCUCCUCCUCGAACAGGAGGACCUGAUUGUGCGAGCUGCGGCGGCAGCUCCCCCCUCCAAUCCCCCGAGAAAUGAGCAUUAG